AUGGGAAAAAUAAUAUUCUAUGAGGACAGAAACUUCCAGGGUCGUAGCCAUGAGAUCAGUGGUGACUGCCCUGAGGUGACCUCAUAUCUGAGCCGCUGUUGCUCCUGUAGGGUGGAAAGCGGAUGUUUUAUGGUUUACGAGCACUCAAACUUCAUGGGUCACCAAAUGCUGGUAAGAAGAGGAGAGUAUCCCGAUAACAAGCAGAUCAUGAGUACUGACAUAAGUGACUGCGUCAGUUCCUGCAAAAUGAUCCCAAUGCAUAAAGGAACAUUCCGACUGAGAAUAUUUGAAAAGGAGAAUUUUGUUGGACAGAAGUACGAGCUGAUGGAUGACUGUAAAUCUAUCCAGGAACGCUUCAGCAUGUCCGGCUGCCAGUCCUGCAAUGUCACACACGGGCAAUGGCUUAUGUAUGAACUGCCUCAUUUUGAAGGCAGAAUGAUAUACCUCAGGCCAGGGGAGUACAAUAGCUUUGGGGAUAUGGGUGUAGGGCCACUGAAAAUUACUUCAAUCAGACGCAUUAUGGAGUCCUGUUAAAAGAAAAUACACUUCAUUUGUUGAAAGAAAUCAUUAACAUAUGUGCAUGUGUGCAUUUAGGUAACAAGGCAUGCAUUGAGAUGUGAAAUAUGCAUAACAUCUGUACAUUUGUCAGUAUUCAUUUACCUCUAGUCCAUGAUUUUGUUUUAUUGGAUAAAAAU